ACCAUAAGCUGCCUCCGGGCACACACGGUUUCACGCGGUUGACAGUUGGGCUCCAGCGCGGGUGGGACUCGCAGGAGCGCACGACGGGCGCUAGGGGGCACGCACGGGCGGGGCGCACGGGAAACUCGGCGGUAACUCGGCGGUGUCACGGACGCGGCGCGCAAUGGGUCCCGGGGCGUCGUACAUAGCCACGCAGCAUGACGCAACCGAAUCAUUGAAGUAAUGGAGGAUUGGCUAGUGACCAUACGGCAGCUAGCCGGAGCAUUCAUGCAGGGGAGCGCACUUUUAGCUCAACACAGGGAACUAGUGCAGCAAUGGUUCCCCGACAGCCCAGAAGAACCCCUGCCACCUUACUUGCCGCGCAGCGAGCAGUCGCUGCAGGCUGAUGUGCUGAACAUGAAGGCCUACCUCAUUGUGGACAUGGGCGCAACCGAGGUGGUCAGCGGCUUGGUGCCGGAGCAGCGCUCUACAAGGUCUGCAUCAAGUCGGGCGGAGCCCGCCCUGACGUUCACAGGCCUACCCGCAACCUUCGUGCAGCAGCCUCACCUGGUGGUGGACACGGCCGUCACCGGCGGAGCCCUGCCCACGCUUCAGCAGAUCCCUGAGGAGGAACAGGCAGCGGAGGUGGAGGCGCUGGCGCAGCUGCGCGCGGAAGAGCUGGUGCUUGCUCAGGCGGAGAAGCAGCACGGUAGCGGCUGCGCCUGAGAUGAUGGUGAUGAUGAGCAGCCCAUGCCACCAGCCGAGCCUGAGGGAGCUCAGGACGCGGUGGCGGCACAGCAGUCGCAGAGGAGGGUGAUGGCGUGAUGCCGCAGGCGGAAGAGCAGGUUCUUGCCACGACAGUGCGAGACCUACUCAGCGUGCUGUGCAAUGCCACGUUCGAUCUGUCGGGGACGCACCUGACAACGCUCAAACGCGGGCUGGAGGGUCUGCGGGAGCAAAUCCGGCCCGGACUGCAGCCCAGCGGCUUCAAUGCGGCGGAUCCCAACCUGCGGCAAAAGCGGCAGGCGCCAAGUGGGCAGGCGUUCAGGAGCGUGCAGGCAAAAACCAAAGGAAAAC